AUGUCUAUCAACAUUAUCAAGGAUCAAUCUGAUGCUAAGCUGGACAUUGUCUUUGUCCAUGGCUUGAAGGCCGACCAAGAACACUGGACGACAGAUAACUCUGUAUUCUGGCCAGAAAAAAUUCUUCCUGGACAGAUAUCGAAUGCGCGCAUUUUGACAUUCGAAUACGAGGAUGCGACAGUGGAUUCCUUUUGGAAUGAGGAGGAUUUGAUCUCUGAUAUUUCGGAUGAUCUUCUUAGCGAGCUUAUGGCAGAGCGGCGUGGUGACAAGGCUGAACGGCCCGUCAUAUUUAUCGCACACUGCGUAGGUGGCCUGGUUUGCGAGAAUGCCCUCAUCAGAGGGGCAAAUCAUGAGAAGAAGAAACAGCUGGUCAACUCCGUUGUGGGUGUUCUACUUCUCGGAACACCACAUUUCCACCUGGGAAACAUCAACGAAGCGACGAAGUUUUUCCAACUUGCCAACCAAGAAGUUCCAAGCAGCUCUGACAUUCAAGACAAGUCUAAAUUUGUUUUAGCGAUCCCCCAGGAAUUCGCAAAAUUUAGACAGGGAUCCCCGCUGAAAUUGGAAACUUUCUAUGAGGGAUCAUCUACAAAGGUCAAUGAUGGAGAGGUGAAGAUCGUGGAUCUGGCUGUGGCAAAGUUCACGGAUGAUUCUCCCCCUACUCGACUAGCAGGUAAUCAUCACCAGAUGGGUCGAUUUGACAGUGAAAAAGACAAGGACUUCAAGAAGGUCUGCCGAGUUCUUCAGGAUUGGGUUGAAGAUCUCCCUGAGCCGGAAGAGAAAGGAACAGUUAACAAUAUCUCGAAUGCCUCCUUCUCCGGAUCGACCAACUACGGCUACCAGCUUGGUCAGAACACAGGCAACCAGACUGGAUUCACCUUCGGCGCCAGAUAA